AUGGGUCACGUCUCCUGGGCUCUGGGCGUCCUGUUGAAAAUUGCCGCCAGCUUGCCCGCAGCCUGUCCAACAGACGACCCGGGGAUGGAUCGGCGUGAUUUGGAUUCCAACUACAACGAGAACACGCACGUCUCGCUCGUCAACGCCACGCCCUACCGCUGGCGCAAGAGCUACAACUCGUCGUACCAGUUGACGGGCUGGGAUGCCGGGUGGCCAGAGUACAUCGAGCCCGGGAGCGCCAGCACCGUCUACGUCCGGACCUGCUUUCGUUGCUUUCCGCAGGACACGAUGGGCGAGGCGACGUACCGCAUCGAAGGGACCGGCAGUCCCAUGUCGCUUCAGGUCGCGUACCGCUCUGGGAAGAAUCACAGGGCCUACGUCCAGUUCCUCGAGGACCUGGAGACGCCCUACAGCGACAAGUCGGCACAGCACAACCUGGGCUUCUCGCAAGGCAGGGGCGGCGUGGGCUUCGUUCUCGCCGGCACCGAGGGCGACUUCAUCUCCAACGGCGACCGGCCGGUGGCUUGGAUGCAGGCCCAGCUCGCCGAGAUUGGACACCUGCCGCUGCGUGAGAUCGCCAUGCCUCGGUCUCACCACUCGGGGCAGUGGAAGAGCCAGAAGCCCAUCGGCGUGGCCACGCCUCGCAACACCCAGACGCAGUCUCUCCCCCUUUACGACCAGCUCAAGGGCGGCGUCAGAGUCCUCGACCUCCGUCCGCUGCUCAGGAAGGGCGACUUCUACAAUCACCAUGGCUCCAGACUCGGGCCCAACUUCCACGGCAUGCUGGGCGCCUCAGUCAAGGACAUGGUCGCCAUGCACAACAAGUUCAUGGCUGACCACCCCGGCGAGCUGUACAUCUGGGACAUCCACGAGGGAGAUGCUCGCGACGGCGACAACAAGUAUCGGCCGCUCGACGACCGGGGCCGCCUCAGGCUCUACAACGAGCUGCGCCAGCUCAGCAACCGCGUCAGGGUCCCCGAGGACGUGGAUCUGUCCAUCCGCCCCCUCAACCAGUUCAUCAGCCGCCGCCGCGGCGCAAGGGGGCGGUCGAGCGUGCUCGUCCGCUUGCCCACGUCUUGGGCUGCCAAGCCGCACUUCCCCGGCAGCAAGGAGGGCUUCGUCUCAGGCGCCAACUUUCCGCUCAAGACUCGCUGGUCAAAUACCAACAAGGCCGAGGAGCUGGUUAAAGACCAGCUCUUUGGGCUGGCAGAGGCUCGCCCUUCGAGGUCCUCGGGCAUGUAUGACGUGCAAUGGAUCCUGACGCAGAAGGGCGCGCAGGUCGCCUUCCCUGUGCAGUACAACUCCAUCAUCGAACUCUCGGGCGCCGCGUGGAGGACUCUGAGUCAGGAGUUUUGGGAGGCCCUCACCGACGAGUCGUACCCUAAUUGGGUCACCAUGGAUGACAUUCAUGGGACUUCGCUCAAGGCCAUGGCCAUGGCUAUUAACAAGUGCUUUGCGGCGAGGCGGUGUGGCCAUCUCGGGGGCAGAGUUACCGGCAUUACGAACACGACACUGGUUUCCCAGGAGGCUCUCAAGGAUGGGACGGAGACGUAG